CAACAAAGGUGGAAACCCCUCCGUGGAGACGAGUUUGGGAGACGAUACUUCCUCGCUCUCUCUUUCUCUUCUCUCUGUCUUCUGUAGGCUGGUGCUCUCCCCCUUUCUCCAGAAGGCAGUUGCCCUCAAUCUUUCGGAUCUCAGGAUAGCCAGAAAGUUUGGAAAGAGACAUUCUUGCGUUAUUCAGGUGAGCUUUUGUGUGUGGGUGGUGAUAUUAAAGUGCUGCAAUCAUGUUUGGGCGUGCUCCUAGGAAGAGCGACAACACCAAGUACUAUGAGAUCCUUGGUGUCUCCAAAAAUGCAAGUCAAGAUGAGCUGAAGAAGGCGUAUAGAAAAGCUGCUAUAAAAAACCAUCCUGAUAAGGGAGGAGAUCCUGAGAAGUUCAAGGAGUUGGCUCAGGCUUAUGAAGUUCUUAGUGAUACUGAGAAAAGAGAAAUAUAUGACCAAUAUGGUGAAGAUGCACUUAAGGAGGGAAUGGGAGGAGGCGGUGCUUCUCACAAUCCUUUUGAUAUAUUUGAAUCUUUCUUUGGAGGUGGAUUUGGUGGUGGUGGUAGCUCCAGGGGAAGAAGGCAGAAACAAGGUGAAGAUGUAGUCCACACACUCAAGGUUUCUUUGGAAGAUUUGUACAAUGGAACAUCGAAGAAGCUCUCUCUCUCUAGAAACAUUUUGUGCCCUAAAUGUAAAGGGAAAGGGUCAAAGAGUGGGGUACCUGGGCGUUGUUAUGGAUGCCAAGGUACGGGUAUGAAGAUCUCAACCCGUCAAAUUGGACCAGGCAUGAUCCAGCAGAUGCAACAUGUCUGCCCUGAAUGUAGAGGCUCAGGUGAAGUUAUUAAUGAGAAAGAUAGAUGUCCACAGUGCAAAGGCAACAAGGUUUCUCAGGAGAAGAAGGUGCUAGAGGUUAAUAUUGAGAAAGGCAUGCAGCAUGGCCAAAAAAUUGUAUUCCGAGGAGAAGCUGAUGAAGCUCCUGAUACCAUUACGGGGGACAUUGUUUUUGUAUUGCAACUGAAGGAGCAUCCCAAGUUCAAGCGGAAGUUUGAUGAUCUCUAUGUAGAGCACACCCUCAGUUUGACAGAGGCCCUCUGUGGCUUCCAGUUUGCUUUGACACAUCUUGAUGGCAGACAACUCUUAAUAAAAUCUAAUCCUGGCGAGGUUAUCAAGCCUGGUCAAUACAAGGCGAUUAACGAUGAGGGGAUGCCGCACCAUCAGAGGCCUUUUAUGAAGGGUCGAUUGUACAUUGAAUUCAGUGUGGACUUCCCAGAUACCGGAGUUCUCUCCCCAGAUCAAUGCCGUACCUUGGAGACAAUCCUGCCCCCAAGGACAAGCAGUCAUUUGUCAGAGAUGGAACUCGACGAGUGUGAGGAGACUACGUUGCAUGAUGUCAACAUUGAAGAGGAAAUGAGGCGGAAGCAACAGCAGCAACAGCAGGAAGCAUACGACGAGGAUGAUGAACCAUCAAUGCCUCGUGUGCAGUGUGCCCAGCAAUAACUUGGCUUUUGUACUAGUGUGUACCCACUCACUCACUUUUGUUGGUCCUCCCUCCCGUCCUACUCUCCUACUAGAAGGGAAGAAGGGAAGGCAGCUAGUAUUCUUUUGUUGGAGAAUAUCUUUCUGGGACUACCUACUAGAAUGGAAGGCAGGCCUUUAUUAGUUAUUAGCUUUCCGGUUUUUUAUUCUGUUUUCUUAUUGGUAUGGUAGUGCCUUCUAGAAAUAUGAUUUGAAGCCGGCAGAGUACCAAGUAUUAUUCCAUUGAAUUCUAUGUUCUGAUGUUAUCCAAACUCUCAAGACUAAAGUUGAAUUAAGCUACCCAUAUUUAAUGAUGUUUCAGAAUGAGAUUUUGUAUUUUGUUGC